AGUACCUCAGCCCGGCCCCACAGGGCUCUGUGCGGACACUGUGCCGCGCACGGGCUACUGAGGCCGGAAAGCUCCUGCCUUUGCAAAGCCCGUGGAGGUGCCGCGGGACCCUCCCGAGCCCGUGUGAAAGCAGCUUGCACCGCUCCCCGCCCGCCCGGGAGGAGCUGCCCACCGCGCACUGCUCCCUCCCCUGCCUCCCCAGGGCCCGUGGGGCUGGCGCAGCUGGGGCGGCCCGCAGCAGCCCGGCGGCGCCGUGAGGGAAGAGCCGCACGUCCCUCGGGACAGCCGGCGAUGGAGCACGGUGGGCCGGAGCCGCUGCCGGCCGCUGCUCACCAGGCAGAAACAGAUGACCGAACAGCCCUCGUUGAUAAGCCCAAGAAUAAAGGAGGAAAUGGUGAUCUGGCAUCAGCUGGCUUUAACAUUAUCAACUCCAUCAUAGGAUCAGGCAUUAUAGGAUUGCCAUAUUCAAUGAAGGAAGCCGGUUUUCCGCUAGGAGUACUGCUUUUAUUUGUGGUUGCCUAUAUCACAGAUUAUUCCAUUAUAUUACUGAUUAAAGGAGGAAACCUCUCCAGUACCAACACCUAUCAAGAGCUGGUCAGAAAAACAUAUGGUCUUGUAGGUUAUCUGAUUCUUUCAACUCUUCAAUUUUUAUAUCCGUUUAUUGCUAUGAUCAGUUACAACAUAAUAACAGGAGAUACUUUAACUAAAGUUUUUCAGAGAAUUCCUGGAGUUGAACCAGAUAACGUGCUUACUGAUCGUCACUUCGUAAUUCUUCUUACCACCAUCGUCUUUACCUUGCCUCUAUCUUUAUAUCGCGACAUAGCAAAACUGGGAAAGGUAUCUCUUAUUUCUCUGAUUUUAACCAUUGUCAUACUGAUUAUUGUGAUGGUGAGAACAGUAACACUGAGUCCACAAGUACCUAAAUCAGAAAAUGCGUGGGCAUUUGCAAAACCAAAUGCAGUACAAGCCAUUGGGGUGAUGUCAUUUGCAUUCAUCUGCAACCAUAACAGCUUUUUAAUAUAUGGGUCUCUGCAAGAACCCACAUUAAAGAACUGGUCUCGAGUCACACAUGUGUCUGUCACACUCGCUGUUGUUAUCAGUGUCAUGUUUGCUGCGUGUGGAUAUAUGACUUUCACAGGAUACACAGAAGGAGAUAUAUUUGAAAACUACUGUAGAGGUGACAACCUUGCUACAUUUGGAAGGUUUUGUUAUGGAGUUACUGUAAUUCUGACCUUCCCCCUUGAAUGUUUUGUGACAAGAGAGGUGAUUGCCAAUGUGUUUUUUCAUGGGAACCUCUCAACAGUUUUCCAUAUUGUUCUGACAGUGGUUAUCAUUGCUGUGGCGACGGGUGUAUCACUAGUGUAUGAUUGCCUUGGAAUAGUUUUAGAGCUGAAUCUCUUAGGAGAAGAUUCUCCUCACAGUGGCUGCAAAAAAGAACUCUGAACGCUGUCCUCACUAUCUCCCCCACUUUCUAUUUUGCUGAAGAUUGUGAAGUACUUCUUUUCAUAUCAUAGGCCCCAGAUGUCUAGGAUUCUUUCACAGGAGUAACUUUCAGAAUGUAUCUCGUGAUUUAAUUUGGAGUUAAGAGAGGGACUCAGAGAGAAAUGGAUGUGUGUAAGGAUAGAACUUCAAUAUAUUAAAAAAUUGUUGGUCUGAAAUCCGCCUCCUGGCUUUUUUUGUCCUUCAGCACUGUCGUUCAAAUCUUUCUUUGAACUUGGAGAAAACUGUGGAAUGUGUUUGAAAAUGAGACUGAAAGAGCCAUCACUUAGGGAUGAUCUUUGCAAUGAUCAGUAGUUGUUAUUGGUACCCUUCCAGGCACAUAUAUAGCAGAGAUGGAAAUCCUGGUACGAAUUCACCCAGAAGACAGGACAGCAGUUUCCAGCUGUCUGCCCGGGGCAGGUGAACAGGCUUCUGAUUAAAGCCCCAGUCAUAAACUAUGCAUGAAAAAACUACUGUCAGCAGCAUGAGGACUAGAAGCCUUAGUAAAAGAAAAAGUAUACAACAUAAUAUUACAUCAUGUGUAAAGCAAGGUAACUGUCUACAAUAAUAACACUUAUUAGGAACAAAAGAAAAAAUAAAAAAUCUUCCAUAUACAUUUUAAACAAAGAUAAUUCUCUCUUCCCUGUUAUUUCCCAUCUAAGUGAUCCCUAUCUGAGUCCUGUCUUUUACCUGAUUUUGUAAACUAAUUUAAAGAAAAAGGUGGACUUAAAUAUCUCUGACCUUUGAAAAAUUAGACUUCUUAGCCUGAAUGGUAAGAAGAAGGAAAACCUUGAAAACACCUGUGCUUGAACCUUGAAACAUCAGGUAAAUUUGAACCCCUAGUAAUCACAAAGGAUCUUGCCCUCGAAGCAAGUAGCUUGAAGUUCAUCCAUGGUGUUUGACUGUUCUGCAUUGGUGAAUCAGUAGAAUAGGUUCUCUUCUCUGUAGAGAGUAAUUUAUGUUUUACUGGAGAAACAAUACAUAGAGUUGCGACUCCUUAACUCUUAGAGUACAACAGAUUCACUUUCAUUGUUUGUUUGCUUUUUUUAACAGAACAUAUAUUUAGCCUGAUUGGCAAUUCAUAAGCAUCACGUUAACUGAAUAAAGAUGUUAUUCAGGUUAACUAUAAUUGGUUUAAAUCUUUGUGAACUAGAGUUUACUUUUUGUCAGCUACAAAUUUAUUCUGUAACAGAUAAAACUUUUAUCAUAAGAAUGAUUAAAAAAAAAUCUGUUAUUUUGUUAGAAAACAAUGGCAAAAAUAAUUUCAUUUUAUAUUAAGGAAUUCUGACCAAAAACUGCAGUGGUCUAGGUAAUUAGAGAUGUUGUUGCCUCUACCAUUUCAGUUCGAAAGACUUAAAUUCAGAUUCAGAUUCACUACCUUUCAGAUUUACACAGUAAUGACAGCUGCUUGAAGGUGCAUCAUUUUGCUUCUGUUCUUUUAAUGCAUUAACACAGUAACAAAUCUGUCUUCCUGACUCAGACAGUUCAUCAAAGUCAUCAGAGCGCAGAUCUUGACAAGUACCGGCACUAAACUCUCUCACUCUUGACUACGGAUGAAAAUGUGGCAGAAUUUGCACUGCACAUUUCUUUAUGCACUCUGCAUUCCUGUCUAGCCUAAUAGUUACUGUGAUCUAGAGAGGACAGAAUGACUUGGGGAAUAAAGCCUCCAUCUGUCCAGCCCAAGAACAUUAUUUUUACUUGUGCCAUGAAUCUGCUUCUGUAUCUUCAUGUUCCUUAACCAUGUAAUCUGGCCCUGCCAGACAUUUACACCUCUUUGUUUUCUUCCUCUCAUCUCAGUCUUCAUAUUUCAUGCUGAAAAAUGUCAUGUUUCCUUUUAACAUUGAUAAUCACAAUCUGUGUUCUAAAACAACUUCCUUCUGCCCUCACAGGAAUCUAUCUCCUGAGCCUCUGUGCGGCUUUAUCUCCCUGCUCUUUUUCAUUCACUUUAAAUGUUUCAAAAAUUUUCUGCCCUUGGGCUGAGGAUUUUCUAAGGUGCAUCUUGAAUUACUUAAAACAGGUUACGCAGCAGGGUUCUGUCUGUAAAAUCACGAGACCAGAGUUAGUUCACUUGAAAAAUGGUUCUGUGACUCCACCUGAAUUGAUAUCAUGUUGACCAGAGUUUACAGCUGCUUAUUUCUCAAAUGCAGUUUCAUAGGUAGUAAAAUAAAAAGGGUGCAAGCCACUUAGAGUGAUUCAUUAUUUCCCCUUACUUUCUCCUGCAUCUGCAUCUGUGCAGCUCAACCCUGUUUCAGUCUUUUCUCUUGAGCUGUUUGGCCUAAAUAGACUCUGAUGCAUUUUAUUAGCAUAUACAUGUUUAUCUUUGUGAGUCUUAGCCUGGAAUGAAGCCCAAGAACUUGUAUCUGACUAUAAUGGGCUGACUUCUAAGGUUCAACCAGGUCAAUAAGCAUUUGAUACACCACUGGGGAGAGAGAAAACAUCUCCUUGUCCCAAUGCUGCCACUUUGACACACACUGGCCUCAGAGUUGUUAAUGUGGCCAUUCAGUGCCGCUUUGCACAGAGCUGCUAAAGCCAAUACCCAAGCAAGCCAUUCGGCAGGACUGGAAUUUACCCUAAACACCACUGCCUUUACCAGCUCUUUGAAUGCCUAAUGCUGGAAAGGUGUGGUGCAUUACAAUGUAAAAAUAAGACUGUAGGCAAAAUCCUGAGAUAAUAAUUACAGUAGGUUCAAAGAAACCACAGACUUCUAUAGCACUCCUUUACCUUUAUUAAAAAAUGAGGCCUUUCUUGUUUAAAGUCAGACCUUUCGAAAGAACCUCAAACAAGAGUGCCUCUCUGUGUCAGACCGUAUGUCUUAUCUAGCCUGGUAUCCUGUCAAAGACAAUGUCCAAGAAUGGAUGUUGAGGGAACACUAUAAAUGAAGGGAAAGCAUAAGUACUUCAACAAAUCUCUCUAUCAUUCAGCAAUCUGUGGUUCAGGAACUUCCUGAGCUAGAGAUGGUGAUUUGUAUUUAAUAACUCUUGAUGGAUUUCUUUUCCAUUAACUCACCCAGUCUUCUCCAGGAAGAGAUAGGGGAGAUAAAACUGGUGCUCUUUUCAUUUUCUAACCUUUGUUUCUGAGAAAAAUGUUGGCCCCAUUCCACAAAAUCAGAAAUAGCUGCAGUGCUGUUAUAGCAGCUCUGUGGCCUCCAGCUCCAGUAUAGGAUGACGAUGACAAUUUCACAUCUCGUGGCAUAAAUGUGUGACCCUGGAGCUACAUAUUGGUCAUGGAGUGCAACUGACUGAUGCAUUCAAAAUCUUUUUGUUGUAUUUAGUUGGCUUUUUCUCGUCAGAGGAAAAGGUUAAAAAUACCUUUAACGAGGUACUUAAAAGUUGUAUCUUCAGAUCUUUUAAUUGUGCAAUUGUACCGCUGUGCAUAAAACAUUGCAGUCUUACAAAUCUGGUCUGAUGCCCAAGUCAAAUUGGUUGAGCUAAGGUCAUUUCUGGUUUUGCUUGUUCUAUGUGGAGCAUUUAAAUAUCUAGCCUAACUUUUUUGGUUUUUCACUUAAUUUUUAAUUAAAAUAUCUGGACAAUACAUGCAACAUUUAUCUCUGAUUAGUACACAGUACUUAACUAGAGUGAACUAAUAGAUGUUAAUGUAUAGUAAAAAGCAAUGUAAACUGCUGUAUGUAUACAUAGCAUUUAGCAUGUGAGAAUUCUAAACAUUGUUAUAUUUAUUUUUAUACCAUGGUAAACAGAACAAAACCAAACUAGAUUGUUAAGCCCUUUUUCCCAUCCUGACUGUGUCAAGAUACGAAUCAAACUUUCCAAGCCGUGCCAUACUCAAUGGAUAGUAAGCAGUGACUUAAGCAGAGCAGUGUGGAGGGAAGAAAGAACAAAGUAACAGCAUCUCUGAUGCCAGGAAGUGUACUUCCCAUGAUGUGUGAACACAAUCCCUCAAUUAAAAAAAUGGGAAAACUAGUGCUGGAAAAUGCUCCCUACGUUUCUUAAAUAAAACUUAACUUAGCUAAAACUUAACUGCUUAAAUUAGAAGCAUUUCAAGUUGCUGAAUAUACACUGCAGUUUGGUAAAUCAAUAGCAAAUAGGUAUGCUUACACAAGUUAUGUUUUUAUACAACAGACACAAAGGCUAGACAGCUUUCUGAGUCUGUAUUGCCAUGGGCCUAUUAUGUGUGAGACUGCUGCUUACUUACCAUUUUUUGUUUACAGGGCAGAUACAACAGUACAUAUACUGGUGCAUGCAUAGCAGAGAAUAUGCUUGGUGUUACCUUUGAGCUAUCUUGUGCUGCGUACUGCUGCUAAGUGUAGCCAUAGACAUAAAGAAUUAAGCUUCUACAUUGUCCAGGAAACCUGGCUCUGACAAUGAGUUGUUAGCCUGCGCCGAGCUUCACACAGCUGUGAGUUUCAAACUGUCUUUGACAUGUCUGCACAAGCUGAGCUGACUACACUUAGAUGCUUGCUAACCAGGUAAUUCUGUAAGGAGACACUGGCAAACUGGAGAAAAGAAACUGAGUCAAAGCUGGGCUUUGAAAUGGCUUGAAAUUAUUUAUGCAAACUCCCAAACUCAGAUCAGUAAUAAUUUUCAGCUGAAAACCUGAAAGAAUUUCUGCAGCUGAUGUUUCAUCUCCCCCUGAUGUGGCAAAUACUAGACAUAAAGCCAAAUUCAGCUGUAAUGCACAGCCUUGAGCUCCCGGACGUGUUCAUUCUUGCUUCUUAGAAUCAGAGCGAUAAGUGAUGUACUUGGAAAAUGUGUCUGAAAAGGUUGUGGGAAUUAUCACAGUUGGUAAACUCGGCCAGGUACUCUGACUGAAACCUUUACAUAAGUGCUUCCUUGUGACUUUUAUUCGAACAUUUAUUGAAAAACAAAUCCAACUUUUUAAAAGCUUAGAGCACUUAAAUGGAACUCAGUGCAGUGUGGUAUUCUUGAAACUGCCACCAUUUGAAGGUGGAAUGAGCCUUUUUUUUUGACAGAUUUCUCCGCAUCCUUAGAAUUCACUGUAUGCACGUAUGUGACCAGAAUUAUCUUGGAUCUGUCUGUGCUGAACAUCUCGGUACCAUCUUUUGUUUAAAAUAGACCAGAUAAAUACUUCUCUUUGGAGCUCUGUAGUGGGGUCCCUGCCAGCAGCAGGUCCCUGAGCACACCUGAGGAAAUGCUGCGUCUCUUUUCUUGUGAGUGAUCCAGAGGAGCACCACCUCUUCCUUCCCUCCUCCCCAUUUAUUCAGUUGUCUAAUCAAAGCAUGCAUUUCAUAACAUCUGGGUUAAGUAUUUAACUCCCUCUCCAUGCUUCAAAAGCAUCUUAAUAUAUGGCCCUAGAUUCCACCUAAAUCAAUGUGGUGCUUCAGAGGAUGUCCAGAAGGUGUGAGCCCUAUGAAGUUCCCCAGGCUAGUUCUGAGCGAGCUAGGUAAAGUACCAAAGAGAUCCAAAUCUGUGCAGCAUAAAGCUUCUCCUGGGCUCACAUACCUUGCUUUCACGAUAUAGUACAAACAUAGCAAUAUAGCUUUCAGGACCUAAGAUAACUUCUCUACUGAUAGCUUAGCUAUUGCUACAUUUUCUAUAUCUCUGUUGAAGAAAUCCCCAAAUCUUUUUUGGAUCUAAGUGUAUUUUUCUAAUAGAAAAAGGCUAUUUUGUUUCUUCUAGUGUUAUUUUACGAUACAAUAAGAGAGAAGAUAAUGCAUCACUAAUCACUUGAAGAAAUAUUAUGAACGUAUUUUUUUCCAAAGGUGUUUUUCUUCACAAGUAUUUUUUAGUGUUUUGACUUCAUAGCCGUCAGUGUUGAGGAUUUUUGCACAGCAUAUUUUCCUAGUUAUGAACAUUCAUAAUCUGUAAAUUUAGUGCAUGAGAGCAAUUUUGUGAACUUGGAGUUUCUUCCAAACCCUAGAUAAGAUUAACAUUUAAAGUCACUCUUAUCUGUCCUUUGUCUGAGCUAUUGUGGUUAACAUGAUUUGAAAGCAUUAGACAAAGCUGUUUAAAAAAAUAAUGAACAUUGCAACAGGAUACUUCAGGGCAUAAAUGAUUCCAUAUCUUAUAUCACUACUCCAGAUCGUAUGAAGCUUUCUAAUAUUACUCAAGUGCAAAGUUAUUCCACAUGAAUACCUCACUAAUUGAUAUUUAAUGCAUUCCCAAAAAUACUGUUCAACAUGCAAAAUAACUUACAAAUCAUGACACGUAAUGUAGUAAAACAUUCACCUUGGUGAUCCAAAGGCAAAAAUAAAACACUAGCAGAGUAAAAACAUAAUGAUAGCAAUGGGAAUGCAUCAUAGUAUCAUGCUAAUCUUAAAUAUGACCCAAAAGGACAAUAUAUCUCUAGGAAAGUAAGCACCUGUAACGUACACAUUUGAAGCAAAAUUUAUUUGGGACAAUAUCAGUGAAAGAAUAAAAUAUUUUUUGAUCUGACCCUGCAUUUACUUUUAUAUGUAGUAGCAACUAUUGGGAAAACCCUCUAUAAAAGGCAAAAAUUACUUAGUCCUAUAUCUGACAGUAUAUGAGGUACCUUUUUGUAGUCUUAUUGGUAGUUCAUAUUCAGUCCAAAGCAUUAAACAAACAACUGCAUUGCUUGCAAUUUAGAAUAAGGUGACCUGUCUCCUUCUCAGGGUGACACCUGUCCUUGUGUAGAAGACCAGCAUAGAUAUGACCUACAUGUAAUUAUUAAAAUACAACAUUAAGGACAAAGACUAAAUGGUACUACAUAUGUAAUCCCGUUUAGGUUAGCAGAGUCUGUGACACUUGUUACUGUAAUUGGUCUCCAUUGCAAAGCAGUUUACCAGUACAAACCCAGCUGCGGGGUAAUUUUAAUAUUACUUUGGGUCACCUAAACAGGACAGUCCUAACUGGAACUCUUUUCUACUUUUUCCCUGUAUAAGAGGAGACAUUUUUUUUUCUAUAUUCCGUUGCACUUCAACAAUCGACUAAUCCAAGUGGUCAGGCAGUUGGACUAGAUGAUUGUUGUAGGUCCCUCUCAACCAAACUAUUCAUUCUAUUCCUAUUCUAUUCUAUUCUAUUCUAUUCUAUUCUAUUCUAUUCUAUUCUAUUCUAUUCUAUUCAUUUCAUUCCAUUCCAUUCCAUUCCAUUCCAUUCCAUUCCAUUCCAUUUCAAUUCUUAUUCUAAUUCUUAUUCUAAUUCUUAUUCUAUCUUCUAAAAAAUCAGUAGCCCUACCAUAAACUGAAAACAAAUCCAUCACCAUAUUGCAUAGAAUGUCUUUAUGCUCAGAUGUUUAGAAAAUCCAUGUAUCAAUGCCCUACUUGGCAAAUCUUGGAUGCAAAUUUUGAGUCUACUCAUUUUAAAAACACUUUUAUAAUUUUCCAUGUACUUAGAAAUAUGGGAUUCACCCAAACAAAUGCCUUUUAUUAUUAUAAUCCAAGUUUCUUUAAGAUUAUCUGCUGAUGAGAGUGGAGAAUACAACUAGUUGUGAUAUAGUGCUGUCCCAGUUGUGUUGUUCACUAAUUGUGAUUUUAGCAAAUUGUGUCAUCUUCAAUCACUGAGGUUAUUUAACAUGAGAAACAGAAAUAAUAAUUUAAACUUCUUUAUGGAGGUAACAUUUUACUAUUUUGAAAUGCUCCUCAAGCUCCUUAGGAAAAAAAAAUAUGCUGACAAAAUGCUUACUAUUCCUCUUGUGUGUAUAUGUGUAUAGGGUUCUUCAAUGACGCACACAGUUUAGAUGGGCACAAAAACCUGUCCCCGUGCCUACAGCAAUACUUUCAGUGGCUACAUGCAUGUGUGAGCAUGCUUCCCGAAACCUCACCCACAUGCUGGAAUGCAAACACAGAAAAGGCAACUGUUCAACAGGAUGCAAUGUAAGCUGAUUGCCUGCUCUGUAGAAAAAAGCACAUACAGAUUUAGUUUUCAUUUAAACGAAAGUAAGAGUCAUAUAAUAAUUCUUUGUUUUAUCUUUAUAAAGGUAAAAAACCUCACUUGCAUAAUGCCUGCUGUCGGAAUAAAACAGCUCAGCUUUCUAAUAUAUUUUAAUUACGCAUCAUAAAAUUAAUUUAACAAGGAAAACAGCCUUCAAUUCCAUAUUCUAUUUCACACCUACUUUGCACAAUAUUAUUCAAAACAACUACUGUGUGAUACAGUAUGAUUUUCUAUGUACAAAACUACAUUAAGAGAGCAUUCAGGUUACAUCCUUAAAUCGUGAAAUGCCACUGAUACACUGUUAUAUAGUAAUAAAUUUUGAAAGAAAGACCUUGCAAAUAGACUUUUACAACAGUGAAAAAUACCUUAAGACUCCUGUGGUCUGUUUAACACUUCUAUUAGCUUUCACCACAGGCAAUAAUGGACAUACCUGUUUAAAGAUCCUACACUCUGUUACAUUUCUGUAGCAUCUUUCAUCCCUGAAUACUUGUACUCCACAUUUCUGGCAACCUCUUUAACAGAGGAGAGCAACCACUGGCACUAUCCUACAAUGUGGGUUGAGGCAUGGAGAUUUUCCUAAAACCAUUGAGGACAUCUCCUGAUUGUUACAAAAAAUGCUAUGGGGUAUUACUGCUUUUUUUGGAACAGAGAGGACUUUGUUUUUUGUAAUUUAUCUUGUAUGAAGAACUCGUAGUUAAUAAGGUGCCUAGAACUCCUUGUCUUCACCCAAGAUAGAGGUUCUCCUUCAAAUAGCAGUUGGGAUUAACAGUUCUCACUACAAGCAUAACUUGAAGGUCAUGCUAACAGUAAUCAGAACUGGGUAUUAAUUUGCAAACACUUAUGCUGAACGUACAGUGGCACCAAGUGCAUGUACUGAGUGCAGCGGGUGGGGGCUUGUCACACGGAGUAACGCCUCCAGGUGAAGGAUUGUUUCACCUCCAACCAUAGACAAAGGAUGACAUCAUUGCAACGGCACAAUUAAUAAUCUGCUAAUGAUAUCUUCACAGAUUGGCUUUAAAAAGCCAGGGAAUUUUUCUUUACAUGUUUUUUCUUUUGACUAUUCAAUAGGAGAGACACGGAUAGUGUAUUAAUAGCUCACUUACUUGGUAUUCUCUGUUGCAGCCCUCUCUUUAUCAUGUAUGAGAGUUACAUUUGCUUUAUAUGAACAACAUUUUGAGUUCAGGACAAAGCUGGGUACUUUAUAAAAAUAGAAAAAUAAAAAUUAAAAAAACGCAUUUGACUCAGUCAACAUCUUUCACAACUGGAACACAGAACUGAUUGUCUAUUAUUAAAAAAAAAUGAAGUUCCAUUGGAAUCCAGAAUUUGUUUUUAAAACCUGAGAUCCCUAGGACAAAUGGUAUCUCCAGUAUCUCAUGAGACUAUUUUAAGUCUAGUCAUCAUAAAACUGUCACUGCAGAAUGUGGCCUGUAGGCACUCAAGUUGAGAGCCUACCGUGUUUUUAGUGAUCAGUGUUUCUGAUGUGCUUAGUUAACAACUGAGAUUUGAAUAGAAGUAAGAAGAUAAGCAUAACCUCUCCCCUCGUGAGGUUAAUCACUGAACUGCUUUUUUCAGAUAAUUCCUCAGUCUCUAUUGGAAAUUGCCACCACUAACAAAUUUUCUUAGGUUAUUUCCAUGAUGUCACUUUUUUUCCCUGGCAUUGUUCAGCUUCUAUUAUUAGCCAAUGUAAGCUAUUCAAUAGAUUGCAAUCUUUGUGGCAUUUGUACUUGCCAAAAGAAUUAGAGGAUAGCAUGUAUUGGUUUUCAAAUGAGAUUUUAAAGAGAAUGGUAUAACACUUCCUUAUCUGUUGGUGGUCCAGCAAAGUUCAUUACAAGGGAUGACAACAUCACACCAACUUAUGGAAGCAUUCCAACCAACAGAUAUCCAGCCACGGUGGUCUUCACUUCGGCUGAAAGAGCACUAUAGCAUUGAAUCAUGUCACACCUUUGCAACAUGUAAGUUUCAUUACCAGAUAGAAGGUGCAAUUUUACUGAAGAAGUAGAUGUUUGGAAACAUGAUGUUCUUUUGUACUUAAGCUGAGGCUACACACUGAAUGCAGAAGGUUAUCCUGCCCUGACUGCAGGAACAG